CACUUUUGUUUGUGGUGGUGACUUUAGGAAACAAUUCUUGCUUCAAAACGUGGGUCGUCCCCACCACGUUCAGUUUCUGAACUUGUUUACAUCAGAGAGUGUUCAUCAUGUUUUAUUUAAGAGGACAAUUUAUAAGUUCAAUGCUUUCAUCAUUGUCUAAAGUAGCAGUAGAACCCAGUAUUUAUGGUGGAUUUUUGCUUCAAAAUCGAAAUUAUGCCUUGAGAAUAGGAACGAGGGAAAGAAAAUUAAAGCAAAAACUAAGAAAUAUUGCUGCAAAAAGAUCAAAGGAAUUGAAAAAGCCACCGAAAAAGGUUAAAGCAGAACUUAUAGAUGUUCACAAGUAUCCUUUGGCAGAUAAUCGAGUUUCUCCAGACAAUGUUUGGAUUCAAAAAUACUACACAUGGAAAACGUAUUCCUUCGAAGAAGCUGUACAAUGUAAUCGUGAAGUAUUUCAUCCCACUGUUUAUGAUAUUCCCGAUGCGAAAUUAACAGCUGUUUUCGAAAUCAAUAUGAAGGGUCCUAGCAAAUCUAAAAAACUAAAUACAUUCAACAGUUUAGUUUCUAUCCCUCACAGUUUUAAACUCGAAGCACACCGAACAAUUAUGGCAAUUGCAGGCACACCGGAACAACAGCAAGAGGCUCGAAAUGCUGGUGCACAUAUUGUAAUUGGUCCUGAAAUCGUUCGCUUAAUAAAGAUUGGAGAAGUGAAUGUUGCUGAUUAUGACGAUGUUAUUGCUCAUCCCCAAAUGCUCUCACAUAUAUUAUCCAUAAAGGGUGUUUUGAAAUUGAAGUUCCCAACGUUGAAACAAGGAACUCUUGGAGAUGAUCUUAAUGCUUUAAUAUAUAAGCAUUUGCAUGGUAUUAGAUACACUUGUACGGGCAAUCCGAACUAUACUGAUUUUGGUCAUUGUGAAGUUCCCUUCGGUAGACUCAAUAUGAGUACACCACAAUUGAAAGAGAAUCUGAAAAGUGUAGUGGAUGAUCUUUUGAAGCGAAAACCAAAAAUAAGCGAACCAAUGAUUUUGAGAAUGCGAUUGAAAUGUUCUCCAAAUCGUGAAGUCUUUAAAUUAGAUCUUGGUGAAUUUAUUGAAGAAGAAAAGAAACGUGAUUCUUAUGACGAGGAUGAUGAUGAUGACGACGAUAAUGAUACUGUAGCUCGGGCUGAAAUUUAGGUAAAUUGAGAAAUUACCUCUCAAGCAAAUUUAAGAAUUUUUUAAUCUACGUUGUUUACUUAUUAAGUUUAAUAAAAUUAUUAAAAAUCA